AUGGUAGUCCCAAGAUUUGCUGGUUUCAGAUCAAGUAAAAAUCAGAAGUAUAUGAAUGUCGUAAAAAGUGAUGAUGAGAAAAUACCCAACUUUGUGCAAUAUAGUUCGGAUAAUUUGGCAACAUCAACAACCAAAUUCUCAUUUGUGGCAUCUCAUGAUACUGCAAAAAACCUAUACCACAUUGUAUGCAUUUACAACCAAAAGUACUUGAGAGCUGAAUCCUCAAGCAGUAGAUGGAUUUGUGCAACUGCUUUGGAGCCAAAUGAAGAUCAAUCCGACUGGGGUUGUACUCUCUUUCGCAUUACUUGGGGUUCCACAGAGCAACGAUAUGAUCUUUUUCAUAUGUAUUAUGGACAGCCUGUAGAUUUGAAGAAUGAUUCAUCUCACCCAAAUUGCUUGUACAUUUACGAUCAGUCUUCCACAAUUUACAAUCAUUCAGUGCUUGAUUGGGAAGUAAUGUCAAUAUUACCACAACAUGUUGUGUUCAAAGGUGACAACAACAAGUAUCUCAAGAUACACAAUCAAGACUCUCAUGACUUUUUGAGAUUCUUACUUGAUGAUCCUCAAGAUUCAUCAGUACAACAGGAGGUUGUGAUUACAAGUGAUGGAAAGAUCCGGAUUAAAGGACCAAACAACAAGUUUUGGAGAGCGUCACCGAAUUGGAUUUGGAUCGAUUCAACCGACACAUCCUCGAACAAUCAGGCCACUGUGUUUCAACCUUGUAAAAUCAGCAACAAUGUGAUUUGUUUACGAAACUUGGGUAACAAUAUGUUCUGUAGUAGAACUAGUGCUGAUUGGAAGGAGAGUUGUCUUUCAGCAAAUGAUCAUGCGAUGUCUAAUUAUUCUAGACUUACGGUGGAAGAAGCUGUUCUUUCAAGAGAGAUUUAUAAUGUUCAAUACAGACUUUCAGAUGGGAGGAUAUAUGGAGAGAAUAUUUUGGCUGUGGAUUUUCAAGGAGCUAUGAAUGGAAGCGAUGAAGUGAAUCACAUGGAUUUUAAUUUUUCUUAUGAGGAGGAAGAAAGCCAGUGUUGGAGCUCAACCGUUGGAAUGAAAUUGGCUUAUACAAUGACAAUAGAAGCUGGAAUUCCAUUGAUUAUGGACACAAAUAUUGUAAUGUCAGGGGGGAUUUCAGAAUCUUAUACAUGGGGACAAACCAAUAAAAAAUCAACUCCUAAAAAAACGCCAUAUUCACUUGAGGUACAACCAAGAACUUCAGUCAAAGUGAGUGCCAUGCUAACCAAAGGAUAUUGUGAUGUUCCAUUCUCAUAUACUCAACGUGAUAUUCUUGUCGAUGGACAAACAAGAAUUACAGAACAUGAUGAUGGUUUAUUCACAGGAUUUAAUUGCUACAACUUCCACUAUCAAUCUGAGGAUGUUACAUCUUUAUCCGCUCCAUCAUCAAAUUAA